AUGGGAAUGAUUGCCCAAGAGCUUUCUGAACAGAUGUCCAAGUGUGACUGUGUACGAAACAAAAUGUGGGCUGCAACCUUUGGAGUGAUUUCUGCUGCCUUGGCAGUGGUGAGUGGCUUUGGCCUGAUGUACAUUGGGGUGCCAUUAGUGAUCAUAGUUGCAAAUUCACCAUUUCGUAUUCUAGGUGUUGGGGUUGAUGACAUGUUUAUAAUGAUUUCUGCCUGGCAGAAGACCAGCCUCAUGGAUAACAUCAAACAGCAGCUGUAGUAUUCCAAAGUGGCAGUGUCCAUUACAAUCACCACUAUCACCAACGUCCUGGCCUUCUAUACAGGGAUUAUGACCUCUUUCGGGUCCGUACAAUACUUUUGCACUUAUACAGGAACAACACUGCUCUUUUGUUAUUUUUAUAACAUCACCUGUUUUGGAGCAUUUAUGGCCCUGGAUGGUAAAAGAGAAGUAGUCUGUCUACGCUGGUUGAAAAAGCCAGAAACUCCUGACCAAAAGUGUUCUUCAUUUAAAAAGUACUGCUUUGUCCCAUGUGAUUCUCUCCCAGAUGAACAAGAAACUGAUGUCCAUCCAAUGAAUUUGUUCUUCAGAGACUAUUUAGACCCUUUUCUCACAAGCACUGAGUCCAAGUUUUUUGUAGUGCUUCUAUACAUUUUGUACAUCAUUAGUAGUAUAUAUGGGUGUUUCCAAGUGCAGGAAGGGUUAGACCUUCGAAAUUUGGCAAGUGACGAUUCAUACAUCACACCACUUUUUAAUGUAGAAGAAGACUAUUUUUCAAAUUAUGGCCCCAGGGUUAUGGUUAUUGUUACUGAAACUCUUGACUACUGGGAUAAAGAUGCUAGGCAAAAACUGGAAAAAUGUCUGGCAGAUUUGGAAAACAGUGACUAUGUAGAUAAAAAUGUUACAGAGUUUUGGUUACAAGAGUAUGUGCAAUAUAUGGAAAAUAGCGGGCAAGAUGUAAAUGAUAAGAAUACUUUUAUAAACAGUUUGCCCAGUUUUUUAACAAAUUUUCCACUUUUUAUGUGUGAUAUUAAUAUUUCAUCUUCACAUGAAAUCAUUGCUUCCCGGGGCUUCAUUCAGACCAUUGGCGUUUCUUCUUCAACCAAUAAGAAGAUGAUGUUAUUCCAGUUACGAAGCAUAGCUGAAAAGUGUGAAAUUCCCCUAAUGGUGUACAACCCAGCAUUCAUAUAUUUUGAUGAGUUUGCCGCAAUAUUAGAAAACACUGUUCGAAAUGUCAUUGUUGCAUCCUCAGCUAUGUUCAUUGUUUCCUUAUUGUUCAUUCCUCAUCCACGGUGUUCCUUGUGGGUAACUUUUGCUAUUGCUUCUGUGAUUGUGGGAGUAACAGGGUUCAUGGAAUUCUGGAAUGUCAAUCUUGAUUCCAUAUCCAUGAUGAAUCUUGUCACUUGUAUAGGGUUUUCUUUCGAUUUUUCUGCACACAUUUCUUACGCAUUUUUUUCCAGUUCUAAGCCCUCAGUAAACCAAAAAAUAAUUGAGGCAUUGUAUCUGCUAGGCUACGCAGUGUUACAAAGUGCAGUUUCAACAGUAAUAGGGGUGUGUGUUUUAUCUGCAGCUAAAGCAUACAUCUUCAGGACAUUUUUUAAGAUUAUGUUUCUUGUUAUGGUAUUUGGGGCUGCUCAUGGCCUAAUUUUUAUUCCAGUAUUCUUAACCUUUUUUUGA